UCCCUCAAUCAAGUGCUGCGCGCACUCAAACGGGAGGAGGGCUCGCUGUACAACUGCGUGGCCAGCAUAGCAGACGAUGCGCUCUUCGUGGCGGCCCUGUACCCCUCGCUCCCUCUCUUCCCCAACCUGCGCUGCGGGGUGUGGUAUGUGCGGCCGCCGAUCGAGGACUCCUGUUACUUUAAGUCGACCGAUGGGCACAACGGAAACUGGAGCUUCUCCGCCAUCCGCCUCAACCUGAACCUGGCAGAGGCGGCGGCGGCAGCGGGCGGCUGCCUCGUCGUGGAUGCCACCAAGCGCGGCAAGCGUUUCCCUGAUGCCAUGUCCAAGACCGUUCCCAUGUGGGCAGCAGUGAUGAACCGUGCGGUGCAGCAGCUGCCGGGGGCCCCAGCGGCCGUUCCGGCGGCAGACGAGCGGCCCUGGGACUGCGAUGUGCAUCUGCCAGCCUGGGUGUCGGCAAAUGAGGCCAACAGCAUCCGCCAGCUGCUGGAGGGAUGGGUGGACCGGCUGCUGGAGGUGGGCGCCGACCUUUCUGCCCUGGCAGCCACCCUGCGCAAGCCGCUGCGCUGCAUGUGGGUCAGCCAGGACAGCCGCAUCUGGCUGGACUCUGUGGCGGGUGCCGCCUCCCUUCCCUUCACCCCCAUCAUCCUCGUGGGCGCCUCCGCCACCACCGCCCGCCAGCGCCGCUGCCUCACCCUUCCGCCAGGCAAGCCCGCCGUGACCUACAGCUACUUCCCAGGGGCCGCGGAUGAUGAGGAGUCGUGGGCCUGUGGGCUGACGCCGCAGCUGAUGUGGCGCCACCUGCGCGCCCUGCUGGCGGCCGGGCCAGCCGGCAUCGAGGCGCUGGUGCGGCAGCUGGUGGAAGAGCAGCAGCAGCAGGCUCAACCCCAGCAGCAGCAGCAGCAGCACCAGGUCUCAGCGGCACUGCAAGCUGCCAGCUUGCCUGGCGGGGAGCAGCAAGUCGGCUGCCUGCCAGCACAGGCGGCGACUGUGCAGCGGCUGGGUGGCGGCAUUUACCUGCUGGGCAGCACAGGCCUUGCCAUCAGCGGCGCAGCAGCAGCAGCAGCCCCGGCGCCUGGCAGCAGGCACGACUGCAGCAGCCGCCUGAGCGACGGCCCCGCUGCCGCGCUCGCCUCCUGCCGCUACUGCUGGCUGCCAGUGCGCAGCAGCAAGCUCGAGCGGCACUCGCUGCUGCAGCAGCUGCCCGCCGUGCUGCGCUGCGCGCGGGCGCAGCUGCAGCAGGGCCGGCGGCUGCUGGUGUGCUGCGACAGCGGGCUGGACGUCUCGGUCUGCGUGGCGGUGGCGUGCCUGCUGGCCUUCUACCGGCUGCACGAGCAGCCCGGCGGCGGCAGCCGCCUCAAGCUGGCUGUGCGGCAGCACCUGGCUGCGGUGUCGGCCCACUACCCCGCCGCACGCCCCACCCGCGGCUCCCUGCGCCAGGUGUUCAACUUC